UGAUAUUCAAGUAUGUCAAUUUUUUUUUUCAUGUACAGUAGUAUGUAGUACACGCAUGCGCCGUUAGAUAUAUACGGAGCUUGUACUGUACCAUGGUACACACUCACACACUAAAUGUUUUGACGUGCUAUUAUUUGCUUUCGCGUUGUUUAUGCAUAACUACAUUUAUGUAACAUAUCAUACUACCAUAAAUAAGGAAGAUGAAGUGUUGUUUACGUUGCCACGGCACUUGUUGCUAUCCAGUCAAACGUCCAGACUACGCCAGCAAAAAGAUAUGGCGCAAGUACUCGACGCGAUGUCUGGAUGGAACCCAUUGAUUCUUUGUUUGAUGUAUGAAAGCCAGCUCACCGAUUCGUUCUGGAAGCCCUAUUUCGAUGUUUUACCAAAGGGGUUCUCAACGCCCAUGUUUUGGAACAAAGAAGAUCUAGAAUCAUUACAAGGAACUGAUAUUGUCGAAAAGGUCGGCAAAGAGGAAGCCGAAGCCAUGUUUGUCCAGGAGCUACAGCCGAUUAUCAAGGAUCACCCCGAAGCGUUUAAUCCUGAUAUUCACAAUUGUGAUCUGUUCCAUCAAUGCGGAUCCUUAAUUAUGGCAUACAGCUUUCACGAUCCAAUCGGAGCACCUGAGCCAGCCAACGGCGCCACUCAAGAGGAUCACGAUAACGACGACAAUGACGAAGAAGAAGAAGAAGAAGGGUUACUGGCGAUGGUGCCGAUGGCAGACAUGUUGAAUCACAAGACCGGAUAUAAUAAUGCACGUCUGUUUCAUGAACCCGAGUGCCUGCGCAUGAAAGCAAUCAAAAGCAUCCAGACAGGUGACCAAAUAUACAACACAUAUGGUGACUUGUGCAAUGCAGAUUUGCUUCGGAAAUACGGCUUUGCGGAUGAAAGCAACCCCUUUGACUUGGUGGAAUUGAAUGGUGGCAAUAUUGUGGAAUUGUGCUGUGAUGAUACAGACACGUCAUUACGUGAACGAAAGAUAGAGUUUUUGAUGGAGGAGGAAGCAUUAGAUGACUGCUUUGUGAUCGAUACGGAGCAUGUCCUGCCACCCGAGCUUAUUAGUGCCUUGUAUGUGCUACGUGCGUCAGCAGAAGAAUUUGCAAAGAUGGAGACAAAACAAAAGCUACCCAAGCCCAAGCUGACGCCAGCCAUUGCAAAGCUGGGAAUGCAAAUUCUGGAAGAACGCAUGAAGCGCUAUCCUCAAGAAGACGACGACCAGGCUCUGCUGCAGAGUGGAUGCAGCCCGAAUAAGCGGCAUGCACUCCUAGUCCGCAUUGGCGAAAAGCGGAUACUGGAAGCGACGAUAAACAAGUUGAAACGGGAAGCGGAAGGUCAAAAGCGCGCCGUGGACGAAGAAGACAGCCAGGGCCACAGCAAGAAGAAGAAGGCUAGAGUAUAGAGGAUAGCCUGAUCCAGCGACCUAGAGAGAGAGUUAGAGAGUUAGAGAGACACACAUAGGGCAUAGGGGUGUAUGUAUAGGGAAAUUAGGGAAUCCGAUUGAAGCGAGAUCUGCUAUCUGCAUAUGCAAUGCCCUGAAAAAAUAGACAGAUUUGGCAAAAAGAAAAAAAAAUGGUUAUAAAUAAGGAUCAUUUAUCCAAAUGGAGC